AUGGCCACUCUCGGCGGAGUCCACGAAUCCCAUGCCUCCCAGAACAGCCUCGAAACCGAAGACCUCGCUCGCUUCGCCGUCCAAGAUCACAACAACAAGGAGAAUGCUCUGCUUGAGUUUGUGAGGGUGGUGAAGGCGAAGGAGCAGGUGGUUGCUGGCACUCUGCACCAUCUGACGAUCGAGGCAAUCGAUGCCGGAAAGAAGAAGCUUUACGAAGCCAAAGUCUGGGUGAAGCCAUGGAUGGGUUUUAAGGAAGUGCAGGAGUUCAAGCACGCCGGUGGGCAUGGUCCCGGGUGGCAAUCUGUGCCGCCACACGAUCCUCAGGUUCAGGAUGCUGCAAAUCAUGCUGUUAAGAGCCUCCAGCAAAGGUCUAAUUCUCUGUUUCCUUAUGAGCUUCAAGAAGUUGUUCACGCUAAGGCUGAGGUGAUAGAAGAACAUGCCAAGUUUAACAUGCUUCUGAAGUUGAAGAGGGGAGACAAAGAAGAGAAGUUUAAAGUUGAAGUGCAUAAGAACAAUGAAGGCGCCUUCAAACUGAACCAGAUGGAGGCAGAUCACUCCUAG